AUGGCAGCGGUUGAGAUUUUGUUGUACGGAAGCGAUUGCGGAUUGAACACGACCUUUCCUUGGACGAUUGGAUGGGAUGAGGGGGAUAUUCGCAUAAGGCUGAGGUUCAUUGCAAAGGCUUGGGAGGCUUCGCAAACACAGAAAGAAAUAUGGCAUUCGGGAUUGGACGAGAACCUCCAUCCGAUACAAGCCAGUUCUCGCAGAGGAAGAAACAAAAGAUUGAGAACCGCAAGCUUACUACCAAGGUGGCAAUGUUACAGGUCUGCACAGGGCGACAAAGAGAAUAUAGUAGACCUACACGACACUACUUCUCUCGCCAAACCACGGUCGCCAAACUACAUCAAUCACCCCGCUACCCCUAUAACCCCGCGAGAAAAAUUACGUGAACCAUUACCAUUUGACGAUCCUAGAUUAAACCCCUCUGUCAAUUUCAACUUUCAAGAUGGAUUCAAGGUGGCUGCGAAGAAGAAGAGUAAGGCAAAUGCUAAGAACAAUGCGCCAGUAUACAAACCCAAGGAAGACGAUGGAGAUGAUGGCAUGAAGAAAAAUGAUGGUGAUGGGAACAAUGGCGAUGCUGGCGCUAAUGGGAGUGGUACUGGCAAUGGGGGAGACGACAGAAAGGAGGAAGAGAGGAGAGAAGAGGAAAGGAGAGAAGAGGAAAGGAGAGAAGAGGAAAGGAGAGAGGAGGAGAGAAAAGAGGAGGAAAGAAAAGAGGAAGAGAGAAAAGAAGAGGAGAGGUUAGAGUCAGAGAGGAUAGAAGAGGAGAAGAAAGAAGAAGAGAGGAGAGAGCAGGAGAGAGAAGAAGCAAAGAAGAUUGCUGAGCGGGCUACCGAAAACAUACCGGACAGCUACACUAUAACGGCGAAGAAAGAGAAGAAGAAGAAAAAGGGAAGAAAUGCCGAGCCGGAACCAGAACCUCUUCCACCUCCGCCCCCUCCCGCUCCCGAGAUCAAGAUAGCCGAAACAUAUGACGACAUCAAAUUGGAUGAUAAGCCAAAGCCCGACCUGAAUGUAGACUCUGGUGGAAGUACUGCAAGCCCAAAAUUACCCGGUGUUUUAGGUGGUUGGGGCAGUAGUUGGAUCACUGGAGUAUCUAAAUGGGGUAUUGGAAGCGCAACCAGCGCAAGGACACCAUCUCCAGUGAACAAGGCCACCGAGGAUGCCAACAAUCCUUGGAGUAAUGAACGUGAUUCACGGAAAAUCGAGAAAAAGCCCGAGCCAAAGCCUGAACAGAAACCUGACCCUAUACCGGAAGAAGACCUUGGGUUUAAUAUUGGCAUUUCCAAGAAAGAAGAGAGGAAGAAGAAAAGUAGAGGCACCGUAGCUUCAGCGAUAGAUAAGUUUGAAGUGGCCCCAAAAGAAGAACCCAGAGUGGAGCCUCCGAAACCCAUCAAUAUUCCUGUCUCGGACGAUGCUGCUUGGGGUGCUUGGGGCGCUACAAGCAAAAAGAUGAAAGGUAAAACAGCCAAUGAAACCCCUAAAUCCAAUGAACCCCCCAAAAUGGAAGCCGUAGUCGAGCCUGUUGUGGAGCCUCUCGUAGAACCUCCUGUAGAAGAGAAAUCACCUACUCCUCCUCCUGAGCCUGCCCUUGUGGAAGAAGCCUCGAACUUUGAAACAACAUCCAAGAAGACCAAGAAGAAAAAGGGAAAACUUGCUGAAACAUCAAAACCAGAAGACUCACCUCCGCCGGAUCAUAUACCCGAGCCCGAAAAGGACCUAGAGCCCGAUCCUGUUCGCGAAUGGGCGAAAGAGGAAGAGUCAAUUUCUGCUUGGGGCAAUACUAAAUCGGGUAAGAAAAAAAAGGGGAAGCAUGCAAUUAUUGACGAACUGCCAAGCAUAGAAGAACCACCGCCAGUCAUUGAACCGCCGGAGCCCGAACCUGUAAUUGAGGACAAUAAAGAGGAAGAAGAAAAAGAAGAAGAGGGUGGCUGGGGAUGGGGACUCAGUAAAAAGGAAAAGAAGAAGAAGAAGAAAAUUGCAGAAGAGCCGCUUCAUCCCCCAGAGCCCGAAAGAGAACCCACACCAGAACCCGAACCUGUACCGGAACCGGUAAUCGAACCACCGCAACCUGAAACAGUCUGGGGAGCCAAGUUGUCCAAGAAAGAAAGGAAGAAGAAAGGUAGGAACGCUGUUAUGGAACCUGAAGUUGUGAAGGCACCAACACCGCCGCCGCCUGAACCCGAACCAGAGUUAGAACAAGAUGAACCUGCAGAUGAAACUCAAGGAUGGGACUCAUGGGCACUUAGUAGUUCUACGAAGGACAAGAAAAAGAAAUCCAAGGAUGAAAAUCUGCCAACCGCUCCAGCGAUUGGUGGCUUUGAUUGGGGAUUUGAUAACAAAAAGAAAGAUGAGGAGCCACUGGAAGAAGAAUUCCAAGAUCUAGAACCCGAACCGGCCCCGAAAUCUGUUGAAUCUGUAGGUAUUUGGGGUGCUCUUACCUCGAGCAAAAAGAAGGACAGGAUCUCUAGCAAGGACAAAGAUAAGAAAAGGAGCAAGAAGAGCACUGAGGAACCCAGAAUCAUUGAUGACUAUGAUGAGCCUAUACCUGCACCGGCUCCUGACCCACCUCCAGCUGUUAUGGACGACUUUAGCUGGGGAUUUGCUUCUACUUCCAAGAGGGACAAGAAGCAGGGGAGCAAAAACAAGAAUCCUUCGCCCGAGCCUGAGGGUAAGCCGGUAUAUGAAGCCAUAGAACCUGCAAAUAAUGAUGACGACUGGAUGAAUUGGGGACAAAACACCAAGAGCAAAGAAGAAUCUCUACUCCCUAUUGAUGAGUUUGAAGAGCCCAUGUCACCUCCACCGGUACCAGACGCCCCACCAGCUGUUGAUGAUUUCAUGGGAUGGGGCUCUUCUUCGAAGGAUAAGAAAAAGAAAAAGAACCUUAUUGAAGAACCUCCCAAAGCUGAAUCAUUCAAGGAUUCUAAAUUCGAUGACUUUUUCAGUCCGGUUUCAUCUAAACCAGCAGCCAAACUCACCAAAAAAGAGCAGAGAGAUGCGGAUAACGCUAGAAGGAAAGCUGAGAAAGAAGAAGCUGAACGAAAACUGAUAGAAGAAGAAGAGGAGGAGGCAGCUAGAUUGGAAGCCGAGGAGCAAGAGAGACUCGAGCAAGAGAGACUUGAGCAAGAAAGACUCGAAGCGGAAGAGCGUGAAAGGGUUGAAGCGGAAGAGAAAGCGAAGGCCGAAGAAUCUGAAUCUGAAUCCGAAUCCGAAUCCGAACCAGAGCCCCCCAAAAACGAUUGGAGUUCGAUUUGGGGUCUUGCCUCAGGUAGUAAACCAGAUAAAAAGAGUGAGAAAAAGAGCAAGAAAAAGAGUGCCCUUGAGAUUGAAGCUCCACCUCCAGCCCCAACACCGCCAGCAGAACCUGAAACAGAUAACUUGUGGGGCUUUGGAUCUUCAUCAAAGAAAUCAAAAUCCAAGGAGAAAGAAUCCCCGCCUGUCAAACUCAGCAAGAAGGAACAAAAAGAAGCUGACAAGGCGGCCGAGAAAGCUAGAAGGAAAGCUGAAAAGGAGGAGGCUGAAAGGAAAUUGAAAGAAGAGCAAGAAGAGGCAGAUAGAUUGAAAGCUGAAGAGCAAGAAAGACUCGAAGCCGAGGAGCAAGAACGAAUCGAAGCUGAAGAGCAAGCGAGAGUCGAGGCCGAGGCUUUGGAAGCCGAAGAGCAAGCUAAGAUUGAAGCUAUAAGAUUAGCAGAAGAGGCUGAAGCAGCCAGAUCAAAAGUCAAACUGACAAAGAAACAACAGAGAGAAGCCGAUCGAUUAGCAAAGCUGGAAGCUGAAAAAGAAGAAGCCGCAAAGGAGGCCGAAGAAGAAGCUGCUCGGGAAGCCGAGGAGGAAAGAGCAAGAGAGGAGGAAGAAAGAGUAAGAGAGGAGGAAGAACGAAUAAUCAGAGAGGAAGAAGAAGCCGCUAUGAAAAAAACGGAGCGUGCUAAUAGAGAAGCGGAGAAAAAAGCUCUCAGAGAAGAGGCCGAAACUUCUAGACGGCUUAGAAAAGAAUCCAAAUCAAAUAAGGGUAAGAAGUCCCAACACAGCAAAGAGCCCGAGCCUCUCCCUCCAACACCACCACCGCCGCUAUCGCCGCCCAUACCAACCAAAGCUCCGACGCCAGAACCAGAUGAAGAUUUAGAACCAACUCAAGAAGAGAUAGAUGAAAUUCUAGCUUUAGGUAAUCGCACAACAACCACAAAGCCAGCAUAUCAAGCUUUUAGCUUUUGGGGAGCUCCUAAAAAAUCACCAGUGAUCGAGAAGCCGUCACCAACCAAGGAUAGCAGUGAAUUUGGUAAGACUAAUCUUGCCGAGGCAUCCACCAAGGAUGUCAUGGCUUGGGGCACGGGAUCAGACGAGAUUGUGAUUGCUGACAAAGCGAUGCGCCCAGAAACCUCAUCUAAGAAUAAGGACACAACAACCAAAUGGCCACCACCAUCAAUAAAAUCAAGCUUAUUAAAAAAACCAGUUGGAGGUACCAUCGCUGAUAGGUUACGAGCAUUUGAAGCGAACAAACCCCCUGAGGAGCUUCAUGAAUCUGAAGAAGAAAUAGAUGAAUAUUUUCCAGCACCUUCUCCACCCCCACCUGCUGCGCCGCCUGCGCCGACCAAGGAAGAAAGGAGAAAAUCUAAAUCUUCAAGAAGAGACAAGGAAAGGUUAGAAGAUACGGAAAUACUUCCUGGUGCAUUCCCGGAUUUUGCAACUGGUGACGAAAUUGUUGAUAUUGUCGAGAUGCCAAUUCAAAAGAAAAAUAGGAACAAAUCUAGUAAGAGCAAGGAAUCUUCUAGAGCACCCCCUGUACCCAUUGAACCACCGACACCACCUCCUGAAGUAGAACUGGAACCGGAACAAGACUCGGAUCAUAAAUCUAAGAAAGAACGCCCUCGAGUUGUUCGCGAUGGAUCUUCUUGGGGAGCGUGGGGAGCAGAGCCUCGCAAGGAAGAAAGGGAGAAAAAGUCAUCCAGACACCGUGAACGUAGAUCCGAUGAGCCUCAAAUCGCUAGAGAGGAAAGAAGAUCUACCAGGGAAUCUGACCCUCGGCACUCUAAAUCUAGAAGAUCAUCUACUAGAGAAGAGAAGACUUCUUCACCAAAAGACUCAUCUUCGGAUAAAGCAGAUAAAUCCUCCAAGGGAGAUAACAGGCCACCAGUUUCUAGGGGAAUUUCGAAUAUGUUUGGACCCGCUACUCCACUAUCGAGGUCCAAUUCAAAAUCUGAUAAGCGACCAAGUGUGAGUAGGACAAGCUCACGCCGACAAUCUGUCAACAUGGAUAGCUCCAACUAUGCAACUCCAAUUCCCGAUGAUUCUCGUGAGCCUCCUCCAAUGUCCGCAAAGGCAGCAAAAAUGUUUGGUAUCGGUGUCCCUGGCAAGCUUUCAAGAAGCAAGUCCGAAAAGACCAGGCCAUCACGUGAUGAUGACGUGGUGGAUGAUGACGUGGCAGAUCCUAUUCGUCACAGGUCUAGUCGCGAUAGAAAAGGAAAAUCAAAGGUAACUGAUGACUCAAUGUUUGAUGGGCAAACGCUACCACCUGUACCUAUGCCUCCGCCACCCAUAGAUAUACCAAUUCGAAGGAAGACCAUGCCUACCACAGAUUGGAGUGCCAGUGCUAGAGCGUAUCAACAAAGAAGACAAGAAAAGGACCUUGAUAUGGAAGAACAAGGAGGUCCAUCUGAAAUCCCAGGUACACCUGGACUCAAACGAACUGAUUCGAGUGCUCGCAAAUCUGGACUGGGUGGUAUGUUUGGUGGCGUUUUUGGAAAAAAAGAUAAAGAGAGGGAUCGUCCAGACCUUAAACGUCGUAGUACGGCCGCAGCUGAAGAUGAGAACCGUGCAUACAGACGGGAUGAACGAAAGGCUAGACGAUCUUCUAGAGUUGUAGGUCCCGAGAUUGAUGUAACCAUGACAGGUGCCAUCUCCGAGGAAGAACAGCAGGAAAAAGCAGCUCGCCGCGCGAGGAAAGCUGGACAUGGUGUAGGUCAAAGAGAUACGGAGGAUGCACCAGCGGCAAUGGAGGAGUCGAGAAAAGACCGUCGAAGAAGGGAAGAGGAAGACGAACGUGAGAAGGCACGGCGGGCUGCUGAACGAGAGCAACGACGUGCUGAAGAGGCGAAAGAGGCCGAACGUGCUGAACGUGCUGAACGCCGAAGAACCAGAAAAGAGAGAGAUGGCGAGCCACGAGGUGAAGAUCCACCGCGCUCCAAACGUCGACGCAGUCACAAAGAUGCCGAUGAUGGUGAAGCACCUCGAAGAAGGCAUGAAGAACGGGUAAAAUCAUCAGAUCCUCGAAAAUCCAGUCGCAAGUCUGCACCUGCUCCAGAGCCGGAAUUUCUUCCUGCCGAUGGCCCAGUCUACAGUCGUUCAAAGGCCAAGACUCCAGCUUGGCCUCAUAGUGGUACAGAUUCCUGGGUGAGAGAGAAUGCAGAUGCACCCCCUCCGCCUAACAUCCCCACCGGUGAAGCAUCGCUUGUUGAUGAUACGGUUGGUGGAGAGGAUGAGAGAAGACGAUUGAGAAGGACAAGGCAAAUGGGAAUUGAUGAUAAAGGACGAAGAAAAGAUGAGAAAAAACGCCAAAAAGAGAAGGAGACAGAGAAGCCUACAAGAAGCUCAGAAGGCAGUCAAGAAGAUCCUUUACGAGAAAGUCAGAGAGACUCUGGCUUCGAGACGUCCCGCGCGCCGAGUGCUUCUGGUGGCUUCUUUGGUCGUUUUAAGAAACUUGGUGUGUUUUAA